UGACAUUACAAAAUUGUAUGUCACGCCAGAAAGCAAAUUUAAACGGAAGUAUUGUAUAAUUGAAUUGAAAACUCGCUUAGUUUUAUGACAGCGAAAAAUGACCAUCGGCGAGGUCCGGUCCACCAGACCCAGUCCCUACUGGCGUCAUGCAAGUCCCCCGAGGAGGACAAUGACACCCAAGUCUGACUUUACCCCGGAGCAGGCGACUAACCGAAUCGGACAGCACCUGCUCCGAACCCUGGUCCAGAGCUUACCUUCUGGGACGGAACCCCAGCGAUCGCGCUCAUCUUGCCCACCCACAUAUCGGCGUCGCCGGCAAGUUAGUGGCUGCAGAUCCUUGGGAACUCCGGACUCGGAGCCACCGAUCAGGACUAGGGCGCCGAGUAGACUGCAGGCGGGAAUGCCGGUUAAACAAGUUUCAGAAGGCGAUCGACCUCUUCCAAAAGUCGUUGGGUUGGGAAGAAAUGGACAGCAGUCUGUGGUGGCCGCUGUCAAGCGCCGCAACGAGUCGCCAUCAUUCAAGGCCAAGACCAGAGAAGAGGAGCUCGACAGGAUACCGGAGAUGGUGACUGGGACAGCUACAGCUAAAUCUCGAGAAGAGGAGUUCGAAAAGAUACCAUCCAAGGUAUCUAGUAUGCACCAAGAUGUCAAGGACGCAGAGGAUGAAAACGGGGGGAAUUCGAAUGCAGAAAACCUAGAAAAUUCGAAACCCGAAACCAUGGUUGAUGGUAAAUCCGAAACCCAGGGGAAUUCAAAGGUGAAUUUGGAAAAUAGCAGUCAAGAUAUCUCAAACUCAAAAAUAGAAGAGGUUCAGACCACCAAGAAACCGCAGCAACAGCAACCAGAGUGUGUGGGCAGUUCAAAGAUCAUUCCCUGCUUCCGGGGGGAGUAUCCCACACGCCAUCGUCCUGGCUCAUAUCAGUGGUUCAAGUCCGCAGUUCCCAACUGCGGAAAUAUCGUAACCAUCUGCGAUGAGGAACAGCAGGUUAUGGGCGAGGCGGAAAUUGUCACCGCCUGCGAGGUAACUGAGGCUCACUUUCUGAGCAUCGACUGUGAAGGGGAUAAUAUGCCGGCGAUUCCGAGGUGCAAUAAGUGCAAUAGUUGUCCACAACAAAACCGGAACGCAAAUUGCUUUGGAUCUUCACUAAGACGGCAGCAAAAUUGCUUCCAGCAGCAACAAGCGUGCUUUCAGCAGCAACAACCGUGCUCUCAGCAGCAGCAUCCCUGCUUUCAGCAGCAGCAGCCUUGCUUUCAGCAACAGCAACCCUGCUUUCAGCAGCAGCAACCCUGCUUUCAGCAGCAGCAGCCCUGCUUUCAGCAACAACAGCCAAAUAUUCAGCAGCAACAACCCUGCAUGCAGCAGCAACAACCCUGCUUUCAACAACAACAAAGAAAUUGCGUCCGAAACUCCCUCUGUCCCAAUGCCCCUUCGAAGCAAAGAAGUUGUCUCAAGUGCCAGGAUCAGAAUGAAUCCAGCAAUUCGUUUGUCUUCAACCAGAAGCAGUCAGUGCAGCAAGCAAUUCUCCCGCAAAUGCAACCACCAAUUCAGCAAAGAAAUCCUUCAGAAGCGCCAGUGGUACAACAGCAACCCGUCGAGGAGAACAACUAUUGCCUCACCGAAAUGCUGGCCGAGGAGCUGAAGAAGCAGAUGAUGGAGGCCCAGGCGCAGAUUGCCCAAGUGCAGCUCCAGCUGAAUAGCGCCUGUGGAGCCACCAGGGUGCGGCAGAUGCACGUGCUCACCCAGAAUGCCAGCGAGGCUGCUGGUUGGGUACCAGAGACCCAGUUCCUAGACUCCUUCGUCGAGGAACAGAAUGCAGGCGUUGCUAUCCUAGAUGAAAUGGGGGCAGGCGGUGGUGAAGAGGAUCCCCUUAGCUGUCAGGAUUACUCCAUGCAGUCUGCAGACCAGCAGCCAUCCCUUCCCUGUCAAGCCUUGGGGUCCACCAAGAUGACUGCGAUAUGGUCCGAGCCUUCAGCUUCCCAAUCCUCACAGGAUCCCAUGCAGUUCGGCCUGUACCCUGUGCCAGUGUCGAUGCCAAAUCAGAAUACAUAUUUUGAGCCAGGUUCCCAGCCAUUUCCCUGUCAGCAGCAGCAGCCAGCGUCUUUUCUGCCCCAGCAGAUGGUUCCUUGUCAGCAGAUCCAGCACCAAAUGGGGUCUUGUCCGCAGAUUCAACAGCAAAUGGUUCCUUGUCCGCAGAUCCAACAGCCAUGCAGAGCUCCACCCUUCCCGCCCCCGAAACCAGCUCCUUGUCAGCAGAAGCAGCAGCAGCAGCGAUUAUCCUGCCAGCAGCAGCAGCAGCAACCACCCAUGAGAUCUGCUCAACCGUCCCAACCCAACAAGUGUUCCUGUGCGCCCCAAUUCUGUCCCAGUUGUUGUUGCCAGCGGUACGCCCAAAUGCGAUUCAUGAUGCCGCGGUGUUGGCCACGCUAAGUUUCGUUUGGACACUCCAACGUUUGUAGCGCAACUUAGCUUGAUCAGUGAAUAUGAAUGUCCCAUCAAGUUAAGAUACCUUACGAAUAGAGGUCUCCAGAUGUACACACGUAAUUGUGCAAUUCUUCCGUUUAAAAUUGAAGGCGAUUCGGCGAGGUGUGAAACUCGCCUCCAAUAAAGUUUCGAUUUUAAGGGUUGCAA